UCCUCUCUCUGAAAUCAAUAAAAAAGUACAUUUAAAAAAAAAAGCAUCCCACAGACUCAUUCCUAGACAUGACUGAUGCACAUUUAUGAUGCCAUUGCCCAUUCUUAUAGUCAACAUGUACUUCCUUACCAUUUACUUGUGUUCAGGUUGCUGCUGUGGACCUGAGGAUAUGAAAGCACCCUUUGAACAGAGUGUUUCUGUAGGAGUAUCACAGGCCAGCACCUCCAAGGCAGCUCUGUCUUCCCUGAAGACCCAAUUCUGUGAGAGCUGUGGUCCAGUCUUGAGAAACAUAUUCCAGUUGACUGAGCACCAAGAAACACCACACACACAGACAGUGUUCAGGUGUGAGGAAUUUAUGAAACAAUUGUAUUUUAGUGCAAACUUCCAAAAACACCAGAAACAGCACCUGGCAGAGAAACCCUUCAGAAGCACUGUGGACAGGGCCCUGCUUUUGAAGAGCUAUAAUUUUCAUGUUUCAGAGAAGCCUUUUACCUGUGAUGAAGUUGGGAAGGACUUCCUGGCCACCUCAGAACAUGUCCAGCAGCAGACAACUCAUACCAGGGAGGAGGCGAACAGAAUCACCCAGUGUUCCCUCUGGAGAAAGGCGUUAUGA